UUUAUUCGUGAGGUAGGGAGGCACGACAUUCUUGAGGUUCCGGAGGGCCUUCAUUGCGCUGAUUAUUAUAAAAAAAAUGUCACCAAGCCUGUUGUGGUCAAUAUAAAAUCAUUUCGUUAUUCAGCACGAGUAUGGAAUACGGUAACAAGGCAACACAGUCUGAUCAAAGGGCGAAUCGAUGUCAAUAAAAAGCUUUGGAGGUUGGAGUACACACCCUGGAACACGAAUGAUUCGAAAUCCCGGAAACGGAAGGAUCUGAAGCCGCUGACCAUUAUUGUAGAUGCUUCGAACGAUUGUGUUUUCAAAAUUUCAAAAGAAAGCGCAGACUGCCAGAUAAUCCAACUUGACAGUCUUCCAUUUGACCUGCAAAUGAUUAUUGAGCCAAGCCAAAUUAAGACUAUGACUGCGAAUACUUUUUUUUAUGGUCCCUAUGAGUCAUCCUCAUUGAACUACACUACGUUCACGUAUCGAGGAGGAGUACCAUGUCAUCUCUGGACCGUGGACCGUCUAGGUUGGCCUCCUGGAUUCUCACACAUCAGGACACGCUGGCAAUGGUGCUUUGUUAACAAGGAUUUGUAUGGUCCGUCCUAUAAAAGUAGUUCUUCUUACCCCGUCAGUUUGGACAUUUACAUUCUUGAGGCAUUGCAGAAGUGGGGAAAGAUCGAUCACCGUCAAGGGCACACCUAUUCAUUUCAAUUCUACGAUGUAAACACAGCGCUGGAUGAUUUCGAGCAAACACAAGGUUUCGACACCUCACCUUGCUUUAAAAUGGAGGAAAGAAGAACAUUGCAUUUCACACUUGAUCCACAUCCGUCCCCGGAAAUCACGAGAGAAUCGUCAUUCCUGCGUACUUUCUACAACGUAAUCAUAAAUUUCGGAAACGAAUGGAUCCCUUACCUAUAUGUCAACCCUUUCCAAGUGCACCAAACUGAAAAAAACGAAACAUUUCUGGAGCUGACAAUUCUUGGAAGUAUUGACACACCGAGGACUAUUUUUUCGUCUCUUAAAAUUCCAAAUAUUACAUUUAUAAUGGAUAAACUUGCAUAUCGUGUGCAAAGCCGUAAGCUGAUAUUUACAUUCAAGCAGGUGAAUUACACUGUAAGCAAAGUCUGCUACGCAGAAACUCUCAUUUCAAGUUUGAACACUCCUGUCGACAGCUGA